AUGCCCAACGCACACAAAAGUCAUCUCAGGCAAAGCUACCAGUCUCGCCGAGUGGACAAGAAGGGAACAUUUCGCCUUCUGGUCUGCACAAAACUUCGUGAGUGUCAUUGGGACAUUGUUGGCGCGCCACUCGAACUGGUCACGAUUGAGUCAAUAGGUGAACUCACCGGCGUGAAGGAUGCAAAGAUGUAUUGGACCGCUUGUGGCUUCUUCAAGAACAUUGUUGUGCGGCACAAACUUGUCCUUGUCGGCUGGCCGCAUGGCGUCAUCUUCCAGAACCUUAGCUGGAUGACAGGAGGGAAUCCAGUUCUUGACCAGCUGCUAUGGAAGUGGCGGAAUGGGAGCCUUCACUUUGAGGCCAUCACGGAUGAGCAACUGAAGGUACUGGAUGCGGCCAGUGCUGCUCCGGGCUGUUUCAUCCCACCCAGGCCCGUUGUCGGACGCUGCGAUAUCAAGAAAUCCCGUCUGAGGCCAGUGACGAACCCGCACAACCUCCCGCUGCGAAGACUCAAGCUGGGCCCGAAAACACCUGUGUUCCUUGAAGAAUCCGAGGACGAUAUUGAGGAUUGGCCGGAACUAGAUUGUGGUAGCAGUGCGGGACUGGGUACGGGACGGUUUGCUGAGGAUACGGACCCGAUCGAGGAUGUAGAGUGA